AUGACUAUCCAACACACCAACGGAUCCUCCAAGUACCAACGAGUGACUGAGCAGCCGGAAAACCCUUUCGCUAAAUUCAUCCCCGAUCAACAAAUUGCCAUUGUCCCGUCCUUCACGCUCGAGUCCGGCGUCGAGCUCCGCAAUGUUCCCGUCGCCUACAAAACCUACGGCUCGCUCUCGCCCGCCGCCGACAAUGCCAUGGUCAUCUGCCAUGCCCUUACCGGCAGCGCCGAUGUUGGUGACUGGUGGGGGCCGCUGCUAGGCGGCCCGGGCAAGGCUUUCGAUAUCUCGCGCUUCUUCGUCGUGUGCCUGAACAGCCUGGGCAGUCCCUACGGCAGCGCCAGCCCUGUCACGAACAAGGACGGCGAUCCGGAGCAGGGUCUCUACGGGCCUGAGUUCCCGCUGACCACGGUCCGCGACGAUGUGAACCUCUUCAAGCUGAUACUGGAUGACCUGGGAGUGCGCCAGAUCGCCGCCGUCAUUGGCGGCUCCAUGGGCGGCAUGCUGGUGCUGGAAUUUGCCUACUUUGGUAAGGACUACGUGCGCUGCAUCAUUCCAAUUGCAACCUCUGCGCGCUACAGCGCGUGGGGCAUCAGCUGGGGCGAGGCCCAGCGGCAGAGUAUCUAUAGCGAUCCCAAGUACGACGACGGCUACUACGCCUUCGAGGACCCGCCAUCGACCGGCCUGGCCGCCGCGCGCAUGUCUGCCCUCCUCACCUACCGCAGCCGCGACUCGUUUGAAUCCCGAUUUGGCCGCAACACGCCCGACCCCUCGCGCCCGCAGAACAUCAACCGCAAGCCGCACCCCUCAGCCUUCAUGAACGAGCACUGGGCCAUCCACAAUGAGGGCCACAAGAACGCCCGCUCCCCGCGCAGCUCGCGCCCUGGCAGUGCCGUCGACCUGACGGCCGCCGCCGCCAAUGCCACCCUCCCGGCCGCUGCGAAAACCGACGUCGAGAUCAGCAGGAUCACCUCGCCCGCCCCUCCGACCAACCUCACUGGUCCAAUUCGCAACAAGGCCAAGCGCACGCCUACCUACUUCAGCGCGCAAUCCUAUCUGCGGUACCAGGGCGAAAAGUUCAUCAAGCGUUUCGACGCAAACUGCUACAUCGCCAUCACGCGCAAGCUCGACACUCACGAUGUCUCGCGCAACCGCAUCGAGGAAAACGUCACCGAAAACCUCGAGUCCAGCACCGGCUCCAUCUCCGCGACCUCGCUCCGCUCCGCGCUCUCGCAGAUUGCUCAGCCCACGCUCAUCCUCGGCAUCCAGUCCGACGGCCUCUUCACCUUCGCCGAGCAGGAGGAGCUCGCCGCCGCCAUCCCCAACGCCAUACUCAAGACCAUCGACUCGCCCGAGGGCCACGACGCCUUCCUGCUCGAGUUCGAGCAGGUCAACGGUCACCUGCUGGCCUUCCUGAACGAGCAUCUGCGCGAUAUCAUGGAGCGCAGCCCCUCCAAGGACGUCGGCAUCCAAGACGGCGACGGUUUGGGCGUCACUAAGAGCAGCACCUUCGGAGAGGCAGAGGUGGAGGACAUCACGGCCUGGUGA